CACCGCCCCCGUUCCCAUCGCGACGUUCGGCUUGGGUCCCGGCCGGCCACCGCCGCUCCGGCUCCCAUCGCCACGGUGCGCCUUGUGUCCCGGCCAGCCACCGCCGCUCCGGCUCCCAUCGCCACGGUGCGCCUUGUGUCCCGGCCGGCCGGCCACCGCCGCUCCCGUUCCCAUCGCGACGGUUCGCGUGUGUCCCGGCUGGACGCCGCCGCUGCUCCCGGCCACCGCUCUCACCGCAGCCCUGCCGUCCCGCUGUUCCCUCCCGGCGCCAUGAGCGGGCUGGCGCAGCAGCGGGAACAGCAGGAGGCGGCCGCCCUGGAGCGCCGGCGGCGGCGGGAGCUGCUGCGGCGGGACCGCAUCUUCAACCCACGGAUCCGCACCAUAGGGAUUGAUAAAGAUGCAUUGGAUUUGCAGGUCAAGGAGAGGAAAAUGCAGGAAGCAGCUGAAAAAGCACAACAUGAAAGAUUUGCUCAUGACAUGAACAAAAAUGACAAGCUCAUGUGUCUGCUAGAAGAACGACAGAAAAAUGAAAUCAAGGACAUUCAUAGGGCUCUCAAUGAAUUUCAGAAGAAUUUUCAGGGGCCGGAGACAAGACGUGAGUUUGACCUGAAUGAUCCACAAGCCCUGAAGAAAGACAGACCUGCUCGAGUUUCAGACGAUGAUCCUCGGUGUACUAUAUCUGGCAUGCAGAAGUUCAUGGGGGAAGACUUAAACCAUGACCAGAGGAUGAAGUUUCAAAAGGAGCAGAUAAGGGAGUGGUCUCUUCAGCAACAGAAAGACUGGAAAAAUGCAUUAGCUGACCAAAAAUUGGCAGACGAUCUUUAUGACAAGGUUAGGAUUGAACUUGAUCGAAAGAUUAUGGAGGAACAAAGGAAAGAAGAGGAAAGCAGGCGUAAUGUUUGUGCAGCUACUAAAACUUUCAAUAGAAUCCAGGCUGCUGAAGUAGAUCAUAAAAAUGAAUUGGAGAAGGCUCAAAAAAUGAAAGAUGACAUGGAUGAAAUUACCUGCCUCCUUCGAGGAGACUUCCUUUCUGAAAACCCUGACCAAGCAAUCGGUCCCUGGAGUAAACAUCCUGUCCUGGUGGAUCGAUGGAAGGGAAUGAAUCAGGAGCAGCUCAUGGCAAUCCGUCAGUUCCAAAAGGAACAAGUUCUGGAGAAACAGAGAGCGAGAGAGCAGGAGCGCCGCAGGGACGCUGAGUGGGACCGGCAGCGCCUGCAGGCGGCCAGAGCGCAGCUGCUCUGCGAGCGGCACCGGCAGCGGCAGAACCGGCUGCAGCGCCAGGAUCUGGAUGUCAGGAACGCAGAGCUCUCUCAGGAGCAAAGAGCAAAGAACGAUUACCUUAAAGAGGAAGAGUAUUCAAAUAUUCCAACAGAAGAGUUUUAUGCACAGUUUAAUACAACCACCCGGUGAGGAUCUGGAUAAAUCAACCUGAAUUAUACAGAAGUAUGUAGACACAUUAAAAUUUUCAGUGGAGCAAUCCCAUGUUUUAUUGUUUUUAUCUGUUCCCUGCCCUGUUCAAAUACUGGACUCAAACUAAAGGACAGUCUGCUAGGCCAAAUCUGUUCUAAGAAAAGGAAAAUGUUGUAAUAAUUUUUAAAAUGAUUGUUGUUCUGAAAGGACUAGUAGAUUCAGUAGUAGGUUGUUUGACUCUUUGACUCAGGCUUAGCUGUAAUAUUUACAUUAUUCAUGCCUAUAAUAAUCAAUUUCUGGAAAGAAAUCUGAAUUUAAACUACGGUGAUAUUUUAUGCAACUUGGCCAGAGGGGAAUGCUGCCUCCUGUGGACCACAAGUUAUGCCCUUCUAUGGGAGAGAAGAAAGAUGACCUAGGCAGAAAAUUUUGGGUUGAUUUGUUUGUGGUUUGGUUUUGGGUUUUUUAUUUUGGAUUUUCUUAAAGCAAAAAAACCAGCCAGACACAAAGGCAAGAAAAAACGAAGAAGUGGUCAAGUUGGUCAGAAAUAUUGCUUUUAUUUUGUGAACAGUGGGAAUGAGGAGAUAAGAGUUCAUAGUCAUCGAGGUGAUUAGUGCACUGAGGCAUGGCACUGAAACAGAAUGUGUGUUAGUGUGGAAAAGCAGGGGGAAAGUAUUCCUACAUACACACAGCCUCACCUUUGGAAAUAAUGGAGGAGGUUUCAGGUAAUGUGCUGCUGAAGGAGAGUGGGACAAUUCACAGGUGUGAUGAGGAGGGGUGAAAAAGCUGCUGUGCACCAAACAAAGUCAAGGAGAAAAAUCUCAGCUUGUGCAGGGUGAUUCAGGGAACCUGUGUGCUUCUGUCUUCAUGGUGACAGUAUUGACUUAGCAGUUAGAGCCAGUCACUGACAUUUGAAACAUGGGUGAGCACAACACAGAGGAAGAAAAUACGGAGAAGCAAUGUAGGAAACGGCAUAAGGAAAAUGGAUGGUGGAGCUAACAAGGAAAUGAAAUCCAGAAGAGAAAGAGCUGACAUGGAAAGGACUGCAAAAAGGGUUACACAACCAACCCUAGGAGUCAGAAGAUCUGAAAGAAGAGAAGAAAUGAGAGUCAGAUGAGAGAUUCAGCUAAGAAUCCAAGACCUCUAAUAUUGUGAACCUUUAAUAAAAAUAGAGCACAUUUCUGGGAAUAGAUCUUGAACUGUAACUUACCAGCAUAUGGGACAUAAAUCUGAGGUGGAAACAUCCUGAUGAUGUGGGCUUGGAGUCCACUGAUUGUUCUUUGUCUCAGCAAUAAUGGUAAUGUUGAAUGAACUUUGUGGUGAAGCAGGUUGAAGAUGCUUCCACCAAGCAAAGGAGGAAAAAUACUUAAACCCCAAGGGCUGAGGUAAACUUGAAUGAGUUAUUCUUAUCCCUGUGAAAAUAAUGAAGAAUGGUUCUUCAUAUAUUAGCAGGAGGAUUUUAAGAUGUUUGAAAGGAGCAUUUCUUGAAGGGGACUGUUCAAACACAUCUGUUUGCUCAGCUGAAGUAGUGCCCUGUAGGAUCACACUGAUAAAAUCUUGCUACCUUAUUCAAAAUGCUGAUUAAAGAGGAGUUGGGAAAAGAACCAUCAUGUUAAUGUCUUUAGACAGAGAGAUGAAAGAAAAUCAAGAACAUUCAAAUGGCUAAAAAGUGCCUUUCAACAUGAUCUUAUUGAGCAAAAAGAUUUGUCCCAAUUUUAGUACAUUGGUACAAUUGGAACUAAUUGUAGUACAGAUAGAAGCUAAGUAGAAAAGCAGUGUGGCUGAAAUACGGGAACUGAGGAAAGCUGGAAAAUGAAAUUGAGAGGGGAUCACACUUGCCCUGUUAAUAAUGAGCUGGUCUACAGAGAAGUAGGAAGGCAUGAUAUUCAAGGGAUUGCAAUGGGAUAGCAUUAGAGAUCCAUUUGUCAGACUGGGAUUCACAUAUGGCUGGAUCUCUUUGGAGUAUCACCCAAUACUGUAUUCAACUGACAGCCUCAGGAGUGAAGGUAUUUGUCUUAGAAUAGACAGGUCAUCAAAUGGGAUGGGUGGAUUAACAUGCCUUCUCUAGUAGUUCUCAUGUCACUAAAAUUGGGUUUUAUCUGUGUUGAAUAUCUCAAUCUUUGACUUUUCUCUUUUUUACAUAGAAUUUUAGUUACCUGACAGAAAAAAUGAAUAAAGCAUAUUCUGAAAAGUUCA